GAUCUCAGUUGGAAACGAGGCGUCGUACGGUGCGGUUUAUUACUGGAUCCAUAAGAUCGCUGGAAGCAAAACAUAAGCGCAAACAUAGGGUUUAAAGCCCCCCCACUCUCUCAGUCUAAAGCUCCCUCGCUCUCUCCGUGCGUGUAUCGCGUGUGCGCUCUCUCGUUCUCUUGUUUGCCAAGCUCAACACGUGGGCGAGCAUCAAAAAAGCGAUAUUAUUAUUGCUUUGGAAACGUGAUUAGUUCUGGUUGUUGUUUUCCAUUCGAAAUAUGUCGCACCGCGUCCUAGUAAUCGGCAGCGGGGGUCGGGAGCACGCCAUUUGUUGGAAGCUCUCGCAGUCGCCGAAAAUAAAGCAGAUCUACGCCCUGCCCGGCAGCUAUGGCAUCCAGCAGGUGGACAAAUGCCAGAAUCUGGACUCCAAGGUCCUGGACCCAAAGGAUUUCGAGGCCAUUGCCAAGUGGAGUAAGGAAAAGGAGAUAGCUCUAGUGGUCGUGGGACCGGAAGAUCCGCUAGCCUUGGGCUUGGGCGAUGUCCUGCAAAAGGAGGGCAUUGCUUGCUUUGGUCCUGGCAAACAGGGUGCCCAAAUCGAGGCGGACAAGAAAUGGGCCAAGGACUUUAUGUUGCGUCACGGGAUUCCAACGGCACGAUACGAGAGUUUCACGGACACGGACAAAGCCAAAGCGUUCAUCAAGAGCGCCCCCUAUCCGGCUCUGGUGGUGAAGGCGGCUGGUCUGGCCGCUGGCAAGGGUGUGGUGGUGGCCGCCAAUGUGGAUGAAGCCUGCCAGGCAGUGGAUGAAAUCCUGGGCCAGCUAAAGUACGGACAAGCGGGAGCUACCCUGGUAGUGGAGGAGCUUCUGGAGGGUGAAGAGAUCUCGGUGCUGGCCUUCACCGAUGGCAAGAGUGUGCGCGCCAUGCUGCCCGCCCAGGAUCACAAGCGGUUGGGCAACGGCGACUCUGGACCGAACACCGGCGGCAUGGGGGCCUACUGUCCAUGUCCGCUGAUUAGUCAGCCGGCACUGGAACUGGUCCAAAAGGCCGUUCUUGAGAGGGCCGUGCAGGGCUUGGCCAAGGAACGAAUCUCCUACCAGGGUGUUCUCUACGCAGGACUCAUGCUGACACGCGAUGGUCCCCGCGUCCUGGAGUUCAACUGUCGCUUUGGCGAUCCGGAGACUCAGGUCAUUCUGCCGCUGCUCGAAACCGAUCUGUUUGAUGUGAUGCUGGCUUGUUGCACCGGAAAGCUGGACAAGCUCACUCUGCAGUGGCGGAGUGGAGUCAGCGCCGUGGGCGUGAUCCUAGCCAGUGCUGGCUAUCCGGAGACUUCCACAAAAGGAUGUAUUAUCACAGGUCUUCCUGCGAACAACACUCCGACCCAACUGAUAUUCCAUAGUGGCCUGGCCGUGAACAAAGAAAAACAAGCUCUGACCAAUGGCGGUCGUGUCCUAAUUGCCAUUGCUCUCGACGGCGGCCUGAAGGAGGCAGCUGCCAAGGCCACCAAAUUGGCUGGCAGUAUCAGCUUUUCCGGCUCUGGAGCUCAGUACAGAACGGAUAUUGCCCAAAAGGCCUUUAAAAUAGCCACUGCCAGCACUCCAGGAUUAAGCUACAAGGACAGCGGCGUAGAUAUCGAUGCUGGCGAUGCUCUUGUCCAGCGGAUUAAGCCCUUGUCCCGCGGCACCCAGAGGCCGGGCGUUCUUGGCGGCCUGGGUGGCUUUGGUGGACUUUUUCGCCUAAAUGAGCUCAGCUACAAGGAGCCCGUCAUUGCCGAGGCCACACAGGGAGUGGGAGCCAAGAUUAAGCUGGCCCUGGAGCACGAAUUGUAUGAGAAUGUGGGCUACGACCUAUUUGCCCUCUCUGCCAACGAUCUGCUUGAGUUUGGUGCUGAGCCUGUGGCCUUCCUGGAUUACAUUGCCUGCGGCAAGCUUAACGUUCCGCUGGCUGCUCAGCUGGUCAAGGGAAUGGCUGAUGGUUGUCGGGAUGCGCGCUGCGCUUUAGUUGGUGGCGAAACAGCGGAGAUGCCCUCACUCUAUGGACCCGGUCAGCAUGACAUGGCCGGCUAUUGUGUUGGCAUCGUGGAGCAGUCUCGCGUUCUGCCACGAUUUAAUCUCUAUCAGCCAGGAGAUCUUCUUAUUGGCCUGCCGUCAUCUGGACUCCACUGUGCCGGCUUUAACGAAAUUCUCACAAGGCUGCAAGACUUGAAAGUGAAUCUCAAGGAUCUGUCCCCCGUCGACGGUGGAGAGGAUGGUCUCUCCCUGGCCCAUUCCCUGGCCACGCCCACCCGACUGUAUGUUCAGCAGCUGCUUUCCCACCUCCAGAAAGGGGAUGAGAUCAAGUCGGUGGCCCACGUGACCCAUGGCCUUCUGAACGAUGUACAGCGCCUAUUGCCUGAGGGUUUCGAGACCACACUGGACUUUGGAGCGGUUCCCGUUCCCAAGAUCUUUGGCUGGCUGGCGGGAAAGCUUAAGCUCAGCGCAGCAACAUUGCUGGAGCGACACAAUUGCGGCAUUGGUAUGCUUUUAGUCCUGCCACAGUCUAGCCAGUUGUGGCGCACAUCCCUGCCAGGGGCCAAGGUUUUGGGCGUUCUGCAGCGACGAGCAAAGACCACUGGAGCUGCAGUGCAGGUGCGCAACUUUACAGAGCAACUGCAGCGCGUAGCUGCUCCUUUUGGAGGACUUGGUGAACGUGAGCUGCCAGAGGAGCUAAAAAAACUGGCCUCCAAAGACGCUGUAGCAGCCUCGAGGGCGGAUUGCUUUGAGAAUGCAGUUGGACGCCGUCUAACUCGGGUUUCGGGUAACUACAAGGACCCUAUUCUUAUUUUGGGCACUGAUGGUGUGGGCACCAAGCUGAAAAUUGCCCAGCAAACGAAUCGCAACUCCAGCGUGGGCAUCGAUCUGGUGGCCAUGUGUGUCAACGAUAUUCUGUGCAAUGGAGCCGAGCCGCUGAGCUUCUCCAGCUACUAUGCCUGUGGUCAGUGGCAGGAGGAGCUGGCCAAGGAGGUACAUGGCGGAGUCCUAGAGGGUUCUCGGCAGGCCAACAGCAGUUUCAUUGAUUCGCACAGUGCUGCCCUGCCGCUGCUGUACGAGCCCCAGGUGUAUGACCUGGCUGGCUUCGCCCUGGGUAUUGCUGAACGCUCUGGUAUCCUGCCCCGUUUAAGCGACAUUCAGCCGGGUGAUGUGCUCAUCGGCUUGCCAUCGUCAGGUGUCCACAGCAAUGGUUUCAGUCUGGUGCAUGCCGUCCUGAGACGCGUCGGCUUGGGUCUCAACGAUAAGGCGCCUUUCAGCGAGAAGACACUUGGCGAGGAGCUGCUCGUGCCCACCAAGAUAUAUGUAAAGGCAUUGGCCGAGUUGCUAUCGCAACCAAAUCACGGGAUCAAGGCUCUAGCCCACAUCACCGGCGGCGGGCUCAGUGAGAACAUUCCGCGCGUGCUCCGCAAGGAUCUGGCAGUGCGUCUGGACGCCAAUGAAUUUCAGCUACCGCCUGUCUUUGCCUGGCUGGCGGCAGCUGGAAACAUUAGCUCCGCCGAGUUGCAGCGCACCUACAACUGCGGCUUAGGUCUGGUCCUGGUGGUUUCCGCCGCCGAUGCCGACCGUGUACUGAAGGAGUUACGGUACCCACAGCGGGCUUCUUUGGUUGGAGAGGUUAUUGCCCGCAAGGAUCCGAAGAAGCCGCAGGUGGUGGUCCAGAACUUCGAGGCCUCGUUGGCGAGGACCCAAAAGAUGCUCUCCACGCCCCGUAAACGAGUGGCUGUUCUCAUCUCGGGAACGGGCAGCAACCUGCAGGCACUCAUCGAUGCCACUCGCGAUUCCGCCCAGGGUGUGCAUGCCGAGAUUGUGCUGGUGAUAAGCAACAAGCCAGGUGUCCUGGGCCUGGAACGUGCCACUCGUGCCGGAAUACCCUCCGUGGUCAUCGCACACAAGGACUUUAAGACUCGAGAGCUCUAUGACGACGAACUGACGCGAAAUCUCAAGGCAGCUCGUGUGGAUUUGGUGUGCCUAGCCGGCUUCAUGCGCAUUUUGAGUGCACCGUUUGUUCGGGAGUGGUCUGGCCGUCUCAUCAAUAUCCAUCCUUCUCUGCUGCCCAAGUACCCGGGUCUACAUGUCCAGCGGCAGGCGUUGGAGGCUGGCGAGGAGGAGUCGGGAUGCACGGUUCAUUUUGUGGACGAGGGCGUGGACACGGGAGCCAUUCUAGUUCAGGCUGCAGUUCCCAUUUUGCCCGGAGACGAUGAGGACGCUUUGACGCAGCGCAUCCACAAGGCCGAGCACUGGGCGUUCCCAAGAGCUCUAGCCCUGCUGGCCAGCGGAACAGUGCGUCUCAGUGCCGAGGGAAGAACUACACUGCCAUCCUAGGCUGUUUUUGAGUUAGGCACGGAAAUCACAGGGAUGGAUACAUCUGCCAAUAAAUGACGUUUCUUUA